CACACCUUGAAGGCGCUGUGCCCAUGGCGCCGAAACCGUCGCCGGCGCCUCCCACGACGGCGACGAAUGCUCAUACUCCAGCAGGAAACGGCAGCAGGCGAUCACCCGCUUCCGUAGGCAGAAAAUCAAGGGAGGCGGCGAUGAGCUUGCAGCAGCAGCGGGAGUUGCCGCGGGAAACUAACUGCACCGGCAAGGAUAGCGGCAACGCCAGCGGCAACGGCGGGGGUGGCGGCAGCAGCAAUAGCACCGACGCCCCUUUGGCGGCGCAGGGGAAGGGUGCUGAGGCUGCCAGAGCUGCAGCUGGCGCUACGGGUACUGCCGAGGCUACUGCUGCUGCGGUUGCGGCGGCGGCGGGAGACGCUGGGAGAGAUGAUGUGGCCGCCCCCGAGUGGCUGAAUCCUCUCAUGAAGACCGUGCUGCCGGACUUUCAGGGCACAAGAUACGCCCGAUCGCGGCUGAAGCAGACCUUGGCUCACGAGUGGGCUCGCCAGGAGUACCGAACCGGCAUCGCUUUGGGACAGGUUGACCGAGGCAUGACGGAGGUGGAGUUCGUUCGGAGGCGUGUGGAAGGCGGGAGCCUGUAUGCCCUGCUCGAGCAAGAGUCCAGGGACUACCUCCGCGUCGGGCCGUUCACGGACGCUGAUGUGGAGCUGCUGGGCAUGAGUUUUGCUCAGGCCCAGGCUUCCAAGGAGCUCCCCCCGCCGGCAGCAGCGCCAACGCCUGAUGUGGCGGCGGCGGCGGAGUCGGGACCCAAAUCGGCGAAGUUGGGGACGGAGAAAGCGACCAAGACGGGGCAAGAGAAGGGGGCCAAGGCGGGGAAGCAAAGCAGCGGGAAAGAUGCCGCUGCAGCAAAAGCGGGUGCUGGCGGAGAACGCGGGGUUGCCUCGUGGGCCGAUCGCCUGCGGGAUUUCCAGAUCGACAUACCCGCAUCUGCCACCUACGACGGGCUCGCUUCCGAUUCUUCCACGGGGGGUGCUGUGGACAGGACCGACGGCCAGGUAGGGGCGGAAGCCGCGCAGAAGAGUGGGAGCCAGCAAGAGGACGACCCGUCGGCGUGGGAUGGGAUCGGUGUUGACGCGGCGACGGUGAUCCGGCACAGGAGACAGUUCGACCUGCGCUGCCGGGCUUACGAGGCUUUGAAUACCGCCUCGAGAGACGAUAAGACCAACGGGCUGUUGGAGAAGACGCACAGGCUUCGCCAGGACCACGCCGCCAUCAUUGCUGCAAAGCGAGUGACGUUGGAAGGGACUCUGCAGAACGUUCGCCAACAGCUGAACGGCCGCGAGGAUCAACUGCGACAUGUGCACAUGGAGCAGCGCGGGGUCAACCCCCUCGACACCACGGUGGUCGCGGGUCUCAACGAAAGCGAGGCCGCCAUCAUGACGCGCGUCGCGGAGAAGAAGGUUCAGAUGGCGAUGAUCAUCGAUGAGGCGAACAAGGUGGUGCAGUGGGAGCAAACCGCGGAGCUGGCUAGGAGGGAGGCCAUGCAUCAUGUGGCGGACAUGCACGGACACGGGGGGGGCUUCGCGCCCGGGUCAGCGAAAGAGAGGAACGAGCUGGUGCAGUCGAUGAUGUCCCAGAAGGUCAACAUCAUGCUGCUGAGCACCUUCUGCAAGCUUCGAGGUCCCUGGUUGGCGCCGUCUGGAUACGUGCGGGGGAACCGCUCGGUCUCUGAUGAUGCCGCUGGUUCUGCCGUAGCCGCCGCGGAAGAAAAAGGAGCCGACCCUGACCCACGCACCGCGGUGGUGUCGUCACCAAACCUCAGCGUAAACACCGCUGAAAACACUGCGGCCGCCGCCGCUGCUGAUGACAAGCAAGGCGAGCGUCCUCCCUCAGGCGGAAAAGAUGACAGCGGGAGUGGCGGCGUAGGGGAGCCUAAGUCAAACAGCAGCAGCCCGGCGAGUGCCGCUGGCGGAAUCGAUGGGGCGGGCUCGGGGCCAGCGGCCGGGGCAGGGGCGAGGAUAGAGGCGAAACCGGAGAAAAGACAAAUUAAGCUAAGGCUCUUGCCGCCGUCAGAGGCAGGGCCGAAGGAAGAGAAGGGUGAUGGAGAUCCCGGUCAAGACGCUCAUGGCCAGCAGGCUGGACAGCAAGCAGAGGGAGGGAGGGAUGCUGGUGCGGCGUGCACAGGACCGAGUUAUACCAUGGCAGCGGAAGGGACUGCAUCGCGAGCGGGCGACAGCAGCGGUGAUGGAUCUUCUUCGAUGGCUGCGGUGAUGGCUAUGGGGGGUAAGGAGGCCGCCAUGGCUAGCUUGGCGGGCGCGCGAGGUACGGGAAGUGUACGAGAACAAGACGGAGUUCAUGCUGGUAGCAAGGGGGGUGGCGGUCCCGCUCCAAUGGACGCCACGGCGUCGACCGGAACUGGGAAUGAGGGUGGAGACCGGGAACAAGAAGCCGACCCCAAGCCAAAAGCCCAGGACACCUCUUCUCGGGCUCGACGGGGGUCUCCGUCGCCCGCUGAGGGUGGCAUGGACAAGGAGGGGGCUGGUGCCGGCUCGCACUCUCCUCAACAUCCACCACCACCAGCAGACGCGGGUAGUUUGAGGUUAAGUAAGGGUGGCGGUGGAGUUGGUGAAGAUGUAUCCAAAGGAAGCAACGGGAUGGAUGUGGACACCGUGUAGGUCCAGAGUUAAACGUUGAGGCGAGUGAGCGUUCAUGUGUAGUGGUUGGGCAGGAGAGGUGUUUAGGAGAGCCGAUGGAUUAUUUUCCAGAGACGCGAGUAACAGACCGAGGAAGCAAAGGCUUACUCUGGGCACGGCAUGCCCGUAGACUUGACUCAUGUCAUAGCAUGAAUGUUGGGCGAAUCAUGUUGUGCGUGAACCUUGCCGUGAUAUUCAGGCGGUGCGACUCUAGAAUUAGGGCCUGCAACUACAAGGUACGGAUGUAUGUUGGUGGUAGUUCUUGCGCGUAAAGUACGCGCAUCACGGAUGAUGAUGCUUUCAGUGACAAACACACUGUGACCAGAGAGAGGAAUGGGGGAGCGUCUGGAAAGAUACAGGGUGCAAUUGCUGCCGUCUGCAU